UUACACAUCAUAAUGCAAUGUUGAAGGCUGCCAUUGACCGCUUUAAUGCCUGUUCCUCAAGAACAUAGAGGGGAAGUGCACCGAGCCGACGUCACUAAUUGGCUAACGUUGUUUAUUUAGAUUUAUUUGACUCCAAUAGGACAUCAUACUGUGCUUUAUUCAGAAUGCUCGUGCUUUGUUGUGCAGCUUCUGUUUUCACGUCUAACUUGUCUACUGGCCCCGGAAAUGUCAGACUGAUGUGACUAUGUCCCGUUCUCAACGCUAUCUUUUAUAAACACCUUGUUGUGCCAUUUUACAAGGGACAGGGAUGAAGAAAUCUAUCACCAGUUACCAUGGCAACUGCAUCACACGUCACAUGAAGAAACAAGCGCGUCCAUAACAGGGGGGCGUGGUUUCGGAGGGAGAGCGAGAGCAAGGGAUUGUAGGUAGAAAGGGCACGAGAGAGGGACAGAGAGAAAGAGACAGACAGAGUGAGACUGAGACACAUAGAGAGAGAGAUAUGCGAGUUGGUGAGCUCGUGCAGAUCGCGUCCCCACCUGGGUGGUGUGACGCGGGCCUCGGUCUGUUAUGAAGGAGAUAUAGAGAAGAAUAGUCCUAGUUUCCAACAGGGUCCGAGCUGGAGUCUCUUUCCUUUUAGCACAAAUGGACUGACUCGGUUCUCCUCGAGAGGCCACACCGUGAGGAGCCUGCGGACCAGCGGGGACCCUCCGUGCGUCCCUGGGGGUCGCAGCCAGAGGGGCCGAGGCGGGACCCGGAGAGCGGGGGGGACGGAUGGAGAGGCGCAGCGUGGACGCACCGGUACUAAGUCAGUCUGAGAAUCUGGAGGAAAUGAAAAUGACAAAUGGAGGAGGAAGUGUUGCAUGAUGAAACCAUCGUGGAAUGGCUGUAAUCUGAAUGGAUGACUCCCGUGCUGCUUUCCCGCUUCAUUGAUGGAUUCGCCCAUUGGCCCUCCCCUGCGGGGCAGCAGCGGCAGCACCUACAUGACUGACCCCUCCGGUCCGAGCUUCACCAACCAGCUGGUCACCCCCUCACCUGCUGUGUCGAGGAUUGUUUCCAUAGUGACCAGCUUAGUGACCGCCACCACACAGGCCACAGUGGGGAACACAGGAAACCUGACGACUUUCGGAGCUCAACGGGCGAGCGAGCUCGGCCACCAGGCGUCCACCCCGUCGGUGCUGAGCGCCGCCGAGAGUAACUCCGUUCUGCAGGGUGUCGCGGUGGCGACCCAGGCCCUGGUGCUCCUCUUCAUCUUCCUCCUCUCCAGCCUCGGCAACUCCGCUGUCGUCGUCGUCAUCAUCAAGCACCGACAGCUGCGGACGGUGACCAACGCCUUCAUCAUGUCGCUGUCGCUGUCCGAUUUCCUCACGGCCAUCCUGUGUCUGCCCUUCUCCUUCGUCAUGCUCUUCAGCAAGGAUGGCACCUGGAUGUUCGGAGAUCGGCUCUGCGUGGCCAACGGCUUUUUUAACAGCUGCUUUGGGAUCAUCUCCACCUUGACUAUGACUUUGAUCUCCUUUGACAGGUACUAUGCCAUAGUCAGGCAGCCACAGGCAAAGAUAGGGCCCCAGAAAGCAACUCAGUUGUUGAUUGCCGUGUGGGUGACUGCAGUGAUCUUCUCUCUGCCUUGGUAUCUGUUGGUCCGAACACCUACGGAAAUCCAUAAGCGAGGCUUCUACCACUGUAUGUACGUGUUCCACUCUGGGACCUCCCGCAUGGGGACGGCCUACAGCGUCUGCCUUAUCGUGGUGUGUUUUUUACUGCCCUUCUCACUCAUGUGCUUCUGUCACUACAACAUCUGCAAGACGGUUCGUCUCUCUGAAAUACGCGUCAGGCCAGUGACCACAUACGCGUAUUUGCUGCGAUUCUACAGUGAAAUGCGAACCGCCACCACAGUUCUGAUUAUGAUCGUCUUCAUCAUUUUUUGCUGGGGUCCAUAUUGUCUGAUGGGGCUGGUUACAGCCAUGGGGGACUACACGUUCAACCCUGCGAUGGACACAGUGGCCAUCUGGCUAGCCUGGGCCAACGGAGCCAUCAACCCCCUGAUCUACGCUCUGAGGAACCCCAAUAUCUCCAUGUUGCUGGGGCGGAGCAGAGAGGAGGGCUAUCGGACCAGAAACAUUGCUGCAUACCUCUCCGGCCAGAGCCAGAACCGGGAAAUUCGGCUGAACCGAACAGAGAGGAUAAGGGACCGCUACGUGAGUCGCGUGGGCGUGAACAAUAACAACCGGCUGUCCAGUUCCAGUCCCGGCAAAGCAGGAGGGGGAGGAGAGGUGGCCAUGUGGGCCUGUAAGAACCCCGCUGUGUUCUUCUGCCGAGACGCUCAGGCCGACACUGCUACACGAGCCAACUCCACCAGUGCCCCAAAGAUGAAGACAGCUGAUACCAGCCUGUGACAUCCAGGGAGAAUGAUCAACCAUCUGACCAUUGGUUUUAAUCUCAUCUGGAUUUGUUUUGACACUAGCGACUGUUGUCACCAGUUUGUAAAAGAAAUUAGAAAACUUCUAGUAUUUAUGUCUGUUUACACUAUGUGGGAAGACAAUAGCUGGAUGUUACUCCGAGGACAUCACCUUGUUACCUUACAUUGUUACCAUACCGUCUUAUGGUGUUCCCAAUGUUACCUUACAUUAGCACUUUUGUAAUUCUGUUACAUUGUGUUGUCACGUUAUUACAUUACAUUACAGGUCAUUUAGCAGACGCUUUUACCAAAGUGACUUACAUUACACUUUAAACCCAUGGCUUUUUCACAUUUUGCCCAGGGAGCAA